AUUAUGAGGGCACCGCCCUCAUUCUUUGGUUAUCAAAUUUUUGCCGCCCUUGUCCUCUCGAGCUCUGCUUGCAACUUGAGGGGUGUGAUGACCUUGCUGCUGCACUACUGGCUUGCGUUGUUGGGGGAUUUCUUUUUUGGGAUCUCAUUUUCUCUUUGCUCAGUAACUACUUCAUAGUCUCUUGACUGUGCAUGGUGCUUGGCAAACAGAACUGGGUACG